AGUCACACUGAGUGGGAAGAAGCGAUAAAUGGGGGGUCAAGGGAGCGGUGCUGGGAAGCCUCAGGAAGUUCCCCAGUCACCUAGAAAACUGGUUCAACCAGUGUCUGUGCAUUCAUCACAGUGAACACAGGUGACACCUCCAGAGCCUGUGGAAAAGGGGUGCUGGGGCUCAACCAGCCUCUGCCAUGUGUCGGAGACACUCCCAGGAUCCUCACUGAGCUGGCCCACUUCAGACAGGCCCUCUGACCCCGUCGGUGUCCAGCAGGUGGACCCUUGACGUCUCCACAGGAUACCAAGAUGGAGAGUCCCACGGGGACCCAGUGUCACUUCUCAAAGGGCCUCCUGCUCUCAGUCUCAGUCCUGGCCCUCUGGAUUCCCCAAGACUCCUGGGCUGACCUCCACAUCCAAAAGAUUCCAGAACAACCUCAAAAGGACCAGAAUCUACUCCUGUCUGUCCAGGGGAUCCCAGACACCUUCCAAGACUUCAUCUGGUACCUGGGGGAGGAGGCCUAUGGUGGCACAAGACUGUUCACCUACAUCCCUGAGCUCAAGCGACCCCAGAGAGAUGGCAGUGCCAUGGAGCAGCGGAACAUCGUUGGCUUCCCCAAUGGCUCCAUGCUGCUGUAUCACGCCCAGCCCAAGGACAGCGGCACCUACAUUGUAGUGGUUACCAUCAACCCUUCCUGGACCAUGCGGGGCAAGACUGAGGUCCAGGUGACCGAAAAGCACACGAAGCUGCCCGUUACACACCUGCCCACGAGCACUGGGAUUGUGGCUAUCGUCAUCGUCGGAUCUGUUGCCGCUGUGUCCCUCUUCAUCGGCAGCAUUGCCUAUCUCCUGGUGACAAGAGGCUGCAAGGGCCGGAGCCACAGGAUGGAAACCACAGGAAAACCAGAGCUGAGCCCCAGUCAUAACUCUGGUGACAAAAACGUCUAUGAAGUGAUGCCAUCUCCAGUCCUCCUGGUGUGCCCCCUCAACACAGCAUCCAUGGACACCCCCACGGCCCCACCCCCACCCCCGCAGAGGGAGCCAGAGAAUCACCACUACCAGGAGCUGCUGAACCCUGACCCUGACCCUUAUUGCCAGCUGGUGCCAACCCCCUGAAAGGGUCCCUGGCCAAGCCAGCGGGGAGAGGGAAAGCCUCAGCCCUCCCCUGGGGUCCUCACAUCCACAGAAAAGCCACACCAGAGACCCAGCAGGACCAGGCCAUCGGAGAUGUGGGACUGAUGAGGUGAAUUCUGCUCAAGACACAGCAUGGCAUCAGGCAGGUGUCCUAAGUGGGAGACAGGAGGCCGUGGCAGGCCCAGCUCCUCACGUACCCUCUGAGUGUACCACCCACCUUUAAUCUGGUCCUUCCAGCAACCUGACCUGACCCAUGUGCCUGGGAAAAAUAGGUUCUUGCCUCCCCACCCCUCCAUCAAGAUAUUUGGGGGUGAGGAAGGUGUCCUCAGGCCUGCCUCCAGCCAGACCUCACAGGUGCCCACUUGGCUGAGCUCCCGACUGACUAUUGAUUGGCCCAUAAUAUGCUCCACCACUGCUGCCCUCAGAGCCCCUUCCCCCGGGACAAGGCAGCCCUCCAACCCACAUGCCCCAGAGGACAAGGCAUGUGGCAGGGAGGGCUGGCUUCACAGGCCUCUGGCCCCAGAGGACAGUUCUGGUCAGUAACCAGGGCUGCUGGACCCCUUCCUUGCUCAGGCAGAUCCAGCACCUCUCAAAAUUCAGUUUUUCAGCAAACCAAACAGAAACAGUCUCAGAGAUACAGAGAAAAAACUGAGGGUUGCUAGAUGGGAGAGGGGUGGGGAUGAUGGAGAAG